UGAGACAUAGCAUGCAACAAUUACAUGAACAAAGUAUGUUUUUGUGCAGUAGAGGGUCAUGCUCCGUCUCUGCUCCAAAAAUGCACCAGCGUCACUUCAAUACGAGAGGCGCGUCAACUCCACGCCCUAAUAUUAACUACUACCACUGUCUUCAACUCCCAAUCUCCGUUUGUGUACAACAACAUCCUCUCCAUGUACGCUCGGUGUGGUUCACUCACAGACUCUCACCUUGUGUUCGACAAAAUGCCUCGCAGAACUGUUGUUUCCUACAACGCACUUUUUGCAGCCUAUUCUCGAGCUUCAUCAAACCAUGCCAUUUCGGCUCUUGAACUGUAUAUCCAGAUGGAAACUAAGGGUCUAAGACCCUCCAGCAUGACUUUUACUAGCUUGCUGCAAGCAUCUUCCUUGCUUCAACAUUGGUGGUUUGGAUCAUCGCUUCAUGCCAAGGCCUUCAAGUUGGGUUUGAAUGAUAUUUGUUUCCAAACUUCUUUGCUUAAUAUGUACUCAACCUGCGGGGAUUUGAGUUCAGCUGAAUUGGUUUUUGGGGAUAUGAUUGAUAGAGAUGAUGUUGCUUGGAAUUCUCUCAUUGUGGGAUAUCUGAAGAAUAAUAAGAUCAAGGAGGGUUUUCGGCUGUUUAUUACAAUGAUGAGGGUUGGUUUUGUCCCAACCCAGUUCACCUAUUGUAUGGUUUUGAAUGCCUGUAGUCAUCUGAAGGAUUAUCGCUCUGGUAGAUUGAUUCAUGCCCAUGUGAUUGUUAGGAAUGUGCCGGUGGAUUUACAUCUACAAAAUGCUCUCUUAGACAUGUACUGCAACAUUGGCAAUACGCGAACAGCUUAUGAGAUUUUUAGUAGAAUGGAAUGCCCGGAUUUAGUUUCUUGGAACUCAAUGAUUGCUGGGUAUUCUGAGAAUGAGGAUGGAAAGAAUGCCAUGAAUUUAUUUGUUCAGUUGCGAGAAAUGUGUUUUCCUGAACCGGAUGACUACACCUAUGCUAGCAUUAUAUCAGCAACUGGCGCAUUCCCAUCUUCCAGUUAUGGAAAAUCUCUUCAUGCUGAAGUUAUUAAAAUGGGAUUUGAGAGAAGCAUGUUUGUAGGAAGCACUCUAGUGUCUAUGUAUUUCAAAAAUCAUGAAAGUGAAGCUGCUCGGCGAGUAUUUUAUUCAAUAUCAGUGAAGGAUGUUAUUCUCUGGACGGAAAUGAUCACUGGUUAUUCUAAAACGACUGAUGGAAUUAGGGCAAUUAGAUGCUUUUUCGAAAUGGUUCAUGAAGCCCAUGAGGUUGAUGACUAUGUUCUCAGUGGAGUUUUUAGUGCCUGUGCUGACCUUGCACUUUUAAGACAAGGCGAAAUAAUUCAUUGCUAUGCUGUUAAAUUGGGUUAUGAUGUUGAAAUGUCUGUUUCUGGGAGUCUAAUUGAUAUGUAUGCAAAAAAUGGUAGCCUUGAAGCUGCAUAUUUGGUAUUUUCCCAAGUUUCAGACCCAGAUUUGAAGUGUUGGAACUCAAUGCUUGGUGGAUAUAGUCACCAUGGAAUGGUCGAGGAGGCAUUGAAACUUUUUGAGGAGAUUCUCAAACAAGGUCUGAUUCCCGAUCAAGUGACAUUCUUGUCUUUAUUGUCUGGUUGCAGCCACCGUAGGUGGGUUGAGCAAGGAAAUUUUCUCUGGAAUUAUAUGAACCGCAUUGGCUUGAUUCCAGGGCCUAAGCACUACUCUUGCAUGGUAAAUUUGUUCAGUCGAGCAGCAUUACUGGAAGAGGCGGAAGAAAUUAUCAAUAAGUCACCUUAUACUGAAGAUAAUCUAGAACUAUGGAGAACUUUGUUAAGUGCUUGUGUUAUAAAUAAAAAUUUUAAAGUGGGAAUUCAUGCAGCAGAGGAAGUUUUGAGAUUGAAAGCAGAAGAUGGUCCGACGCUUGUUUUGCUUUCUAAUCUUUAUUCCGCUGCAAGGAGAUGGGAUAAAGUUGCAGAAAUAAGAAGAAAUAUGAGGGGAUCGAUCUUAGAGAAAGAUCCAGGGUUGAGUUGGAUUGAGGCCAAAAAUGGCAUUCAUGUGUUCUCUUCCGGAGAUCAUUCACAUCCCAAGGCUGAUGAAGUGCAGGCUGAGUUGCACAGGCUAAAAAGAAAUAUGAUUAGAACAGGAAAUGAUGACAGAGGAAGUAGAUAAUGAUUAAACCGCUGUGGAUAGGGAUGAUGGACAUGUAAUUUCUCCAUCUUCUCCUUGUAUUCAGGAAGUUUUAUAAU